GAGUGAGAAGAGAUAAGAACCAAAAUCAAGCUUUGCUUCAUGACACCAUCUGGUGCAGUAACUAAAGGCACAACAAGGCAAGUUUUAAGUGUUUUAAAAUAUCCCUCGAUGUGUUCGUAAUUUUUUAGCCUUCAAUUUUGUGGUGAGCUUGGCUUCGUAGUGCGAGUUGUUUCCUGUAAAGGAGCUCUAAGCUUGCUAAAAAAUAAUGAAAGUGUAUUUUUGGGACAACAUUUUCGUAUAACUUGUCAAAUUCGCCACAACCCCACGGUAGUUUUGGUGAAGAAUUUAUUACUGAACUGAAAACAGAUGCCAUUUCUAAGUAACGAUAUACGCAGUUCCUUGUUGUCAUCGGAUUAUUAAAUUCAUCGCAUACACUUAGUAGCGAAGUAUAAACCUUGUGCGGAUACAGGGGUGGUUCAGGUGGGAAACUAUGGUAAACUGAAAUGAAAACGCUUAAACACGAGCGGUAUCCCAAGUGGAGCGGGGCGAAAAAGAAAUUAAAAUUGGCGAGCGAAGCGAGCCGAGGGUGGGUGGGGGAGAAAGAAAAGGCGGGGAAGCCUGUAGACUUGUAACACGUAUAUUAAUUGUUUAUGCCAUUUGUGCAAAUAUAAAAUGGAUUCAAUUAUACUGAUAUCGGUAAACUGUUUACUUAGGAGUUACUCGAAAUAUUUCCUAACUGAGAAAAAUCAACUGCUAUUCGCAGCUUGAUUCAUUGUCUUUUUUUUGCUCCCUGCCGUAAUCGUCGACGUAAAAUUGCUUCAGGUGAGUGAGUAGCCUCGUAAAAAAAUUUGAACGACCGGGUUUAAUUUGUUCGGUUGAGAUUAACAAAUAAUACUUCGUAUAAUUUUAAACUUCUGAGCCUUUUUACGAAACUUUGCGUUGGCAUUACAACUUAAUUUUGACUAUUUUUCUUUCGCAACUAUUAAGACGGAAGCCAUCAGGAAAUUGAGUAAUAUUAAUUUUCAGUGGACAAAAACCUUGUAGCAGAAUGAUUUAAACAAUAUCACAUUCUUUUUUACAUUUUUCAAGGGCUAUAGAUAUGACUAGUUGGCUGUAAUAACACCAAUUAAGACUAUAUUUCUCAUGGGAGCCCGAGAAAAUAAAUGCCAAAUUUCACAAGAAUUGUGAAAACACAGGUAAAAUUCUGAAAAUUUGAUGUGUAAGAUGUCAUUUAAUUUUUGUGAAAUUUGACAUUUAUUUUCUCGGGCUCUCAUAUGAAAUUUUCUUUGGUGUUAUUACAGAUAGCUAAUUACAUCUAUAGCCCUUGAAAAAUAUAAAAAGAAUGUGAUAGUGUUUAAGUUAUUCUGGUACAAGGUUUUUUUCCACUGAAAAUUAAUAUUACUCAAUUUCCUGAUGGAUUCCGUGCUUUUCUCACUUCGUUGUAUUCGUUCAAUUCGUUGUAUCGCGCUGUCUAUUUUGCAAACUUUGAUGAAAUUUCUGUUCAAUCAUCUUAAGAAACACAUGUUUACUUGAACGAGUUCAAAAGGUCAUGAUUUGUGAUUUGUGAUUGGUGGAUUUCGAUCCGUUUAGUUUGUUUCUGUGUUUCAAGGUUUGUUGCUUGUGAUCGUCCCGUUUCGGGCUACAGUGGUUAGUUUGCUGGGAAAAUUUUUCUGAGCUGUCUUAUUCUUGUCACUUGCAAGAAUAAAGCAAUGUCUGCCUCCUUCCCUCGACAAAAAUUCCACUCACCAUCGCGAUUUCCUUCGUCAUUGAUUCUCAGUUUUGUUUUUGUGGACCAAGCUGGGCAAGCGCGUGCAAACAUUGUGAUUUGCAUUAACCUCGCCUCCACUCAAAAGAUUGACGGAACAGAAAAACCCAAAAUCCCUUCGAAGCCUGCAUAACGCGCAGCGCGACACAACGAAUUUGGCAGUAAAUGAACAUAAAUGAUCUUAGUUAACAAUUCACUAAGCAGAUAGCCUGAGUAUUGGGGCUUCCGUAGGAACUAAGGGAGAGAAGAUUUUAAGGGACGAAAGGUUAGGGAGAAGAGAAAAAAGAAGUUUCUCUCCUUUCCGUCUUUCUGUCUGCCCUUUUUGUUUCUUUCUUCUCCUUUCCCUCUAAAAACGCCUUAUACAGUAACUCAGGCUUCUAUCCAGGGAAGUAAGCUUCUUUCACGUUUUUAAAAGAGUAGUUACUUGAAACAUUCCAUUUUUGCUAUAAUACUCUUGAGAGAUUUUCAUUGUAUUGCCACAUUGUCUCUCGUCAUUAGCAUACGCAGGCUUUUACAGCACGCAACCUUUAAAUUCCAAGUCACUGCAAUUCUAGGAUUUUUAAUAUUAAUAUGUAAUGAAUAAUAAUUUUAAUGGUAACGCACAUUUUAUUUUGAUAAUCUGUGCGGAAUUGAUUAGUUACAUUAAUCAAAAUAUAGUUAUUAAUAAAGACUAUUAAAUGAUUAUAUCAAUUAUUAUGAUUAUAAUAAAAGUCCUCAAAAGUGCAGAAACGAUCAUUAUGAGCCUUAGUUUACAUUAAAUUUCGUUCAACUAAAUAUCCGUUAGAGCGGCUGAGGCUUAAUAUUAUCCUUUUAAAGAUAAACCAAGGACAGAAUUGAAGCUGAUUGAUUAGAGUACCUGAAAACUAAGUAAACAUUUUGAAGAUAAAAGUCUAUUUUUUCUUUCAGAAUGGUUGCAAAAGGAUUCAUUUCUUCUUUCUGCUGUUUUGCUCUCCUUGCAUUCAUAGCCAAGUCAGUAGAUGCAACUGUAAGUGUACUGACGUUGUUCCCCCUUUUGUAGAAUGUCUGCAUUGCUUUGAAGGUGCGUUAUCCGUUACUCAAGUCGGAGCCUGAUGGCCUGAUAGAUGGAUAGAUCUUUUACUACAGUGGAACCUCGAUAUAACGAAGGGCCAAGGGACUGGCGAAAUGUGUUAUCUAAAACGAGGUUUCGCUCGAUAUAAGGAACUUCUACAUAGAGAAGUCCUCGGUAUAACGAAUGGUUUUUCUUACCCCAGUGAUAGUAAAAGAUAUGAAAAAAGAACCUCGCUAUAACGAAACCUUAGAUUGCGGCGAACACAUUUUGUCAGUCUCUUGGCCCUUAUUAUAUCGACAGGUUCCACUGUAUCGAGGCUCUUUUUCAUAUAUUUUACUAUUACUGGGAAAAGGAAAAUCGUUCGUUAUAUCGAGGACUUCGUUAUGUAGAGGUUCGUUAUAUCGAGAUUCCACUGCAACGUAAGCAUUAAGCAUAUGAUACCCAGGAACAAUCUAUCUUUUCUGGCAGAGUAAAGGGUGGGCCGCUGUUUAAUCCAAAUAAAAUUCAAACGCUUUUUCUUUUCUGAACUUACUGUCAGUUUGAAGCUCAUUAUACAUUACGUAGAUAGAUAAACGAUUGAUUGGUUGAUAACUAAAGCUUGUGUCCGGUUUAAUAAUAGAGGAUAUGGGGCUCGCUUAAUUCAGAGUUUACUGUAUCUGUGACUUUCACGCUCCCCAUAAUAAAACUUGGUUUUCCCACAAAAUUUUGUAUAAGUUUUGUUUUCAGUUUUUCAAUGGCGCGAUUGUUACUCCCAAGCUACUGGAGAAAUUGAAAGUAGUUCUUGGCAAAAUCUUGUGGGGAGAACAGAUUGUAUUAAAGGGAAUGUGAAAAUCACAUAUGAAGAAAACGAUGAACAGAUUUCUAGUGCACAUUAUUGUGUCUCGUGUCAACGUCAGCGCCUUGACGUACACUGAAGAAGUUAAUCAUCAAAAAUUCAGUCCUCUUAACACUGAAACAUUUCAAACCUUUUUCUUCAGGAAUGUGAGUUAGAAUCAGGCGAGGUUUAUCAGCCAGGCGAGGAUUUCGUUAUAGGUUGCAGCGCAUCCUGUACUUGUGUAGGGCCCUUUUAUGGGUGCAAGCUGUUGUGUGCCCAGGAACGGUGUCCUCCUGGCUCCGACCCAGUCUACGAGGACAGAGAG